AUGACUCAAAGUAUGGAUGUACAAUGCUAUGAUGGACCUUCUGAAAAUUUUUACGCAGUCAAUUUUGCUACCCUCCAUAUGUGUGAUACAAAUGCACAUCACUAUUCACAUGAUAUAAAUACUGCUGUACC